AAAACGGUGGUUUAGCUUAAAAGAUGGCGGCGUCCUUAAACCGAAUUUGAUUGCCAACAACAACCUACUGUACAUUCACAUUGGACUGCAGCAAUAGCCACAUUAUCUAAAAUUGUGGUUUAUCUACAGAUACGUUCCCCUGUAGACCACACCUCAGUGGAAACAUGAACUCAGGGCAGCCUUAGAGGCCAAGUUAAAGCUCUAGGGGGAGAUGUCAAAAGGAGCCAUUCUGACAGCAGGGGACGAUGUUGCAGAUCACUUCCUGGUGGACUAUGAGAAGAAGGCCAUCAGUGACAUGAAGGAGAAGAGAAGACUCGAGGAGGAGGAAGAGGAGGCAGCAAGGGCGGGGCCAGAGUAUGAGAUGGGGGCUACGGAUGUACCUGGCCCAGUCGACCCUCAAGACCAAUGGGAGAAGGACGACAAAGAGAAAGCUAUGAAGCAAGAAACACUGCCAGAUCUUCUCUCUAGUGACAUGCAUCGGAAGAUGAUGAGGAAGAAAUGGGAGGCUGAGGAGGAAGAAAUGAGGAGCCGAGGUCCUGGGCCUCUUCACUACCAGAACCUCAAGUUUGAUGAGGUGAGAGAGAUGGGUGUCGGCUGCUUUGACUUCUCAAAGGAUGAGGGAGAGAGACAGAGUCAGAUGGAGAUGUUGAGUCAUCUUAGAGACGAGACGCUUGGUCAGAGAACAAAGAGUGACCAGCUUAAAGGGAAACGCAAAGCGGCCCUCACCCUCAAGGCCCAACUAGAUAAAGUGAAGCAGCGUAACCGAGCCAAGGGGGAGAUAGUUGAGGAGGAGGGCGAUAAGGACCAUCAGGAGGAGGAGGAAGAUGCGAGGAUGAAGGAGGAGUCAGAGUCAGCGAGACGGAGACAGAAGGAGGAGGAUGAGAAGAGAUUAGCAGAGAGGCUGAGCAAGACGGCGCCGGCGAGACCUUGGGAUAUUGGAAAAGAAGAGUCGCAAUGGGACAGGGUGAAGAAGCAAGUACAUGAAGAGCGCCCUCAAGAGUUUGCUCCUCCACAGCAGUACAACUGGAUGAUGCCAUCGAUGAGACAAACUCCAAAGAAGAAGAGCAAGUUUGCGUCCACAGAAAGUUGCGACGACACGCUUAACACGUCAAAACAGCCGCAGGAGUUCGCUCCUCCUAGUAAUUCUGCAAAGUGGAACAUGAGACAGGGUUUGUCUGCAAGUACUUCGUUAGAGGCCAAGAAAUCUAAGGAUCAAGGCAGCAGGCUGGGGAAUUGAACCAAGAACCGCAAAGAACUGGAGAAGAUUUCUGCCGUGGAGGUAGCCUGAUCAUCUGACGUCAUUCUUCAAGGCUCGUGAAUAACACCAGAGAGCGGCCAAAAACCGGCAUGUAGUUGACCUCUGACCUCUGUCGUUUCACAUAUAGAUACGCAGUCAAAUUACAUUGCGGACUUGAGAGCAGUGACUA